AUGCGCUGGGCCCUGGCUGCAGCGCUUGCGCUGUGGCUCCAAGGCUGUGAGGAGCCGGAGGCUGUGGAAGUGGCCAGCGCGGCCGCCUUGACUGCCGGCCAGCGGCUGCUGCAAAGCCGACUCCAGGAUGUUCGUCGCCAUCGGAAGUGCGACGCGACCCAGGCCGCUCCUCCGAGACCUCACUGGGACUCCAGUUCUCCAGCAGAGGAGACGCAGUCCGGCGACACGGUGCACAGAAGCAAAGUGUUGGAGGUCUUGGAGAAUGCGUCGGUCCAUCGCCUCCAUGGAAGGCUGGGGCUUUCGGAUGACGGCCGCUGCUGCCGCCUGCUGCCUAAGCCGCUGCCCAGGCGAAAACUAUCGAAGGAGGAUAUGGUCGAGUCCCACCGGGGCUUCUGCUUCAGCAGCUGGCACAGCGAAUCGGUGGAUGUCGACCGAGUGCAGGAAGACGUCCGAUCCGAAUCCUGCAAAGCGCGACACGGCGACUACCCCUGCGCACUCCCCAAGGCCAGCGUAAUCAUGGUCUUCCACAACGAGCAUAUGCCGACCUUGCUACGCUCCGUACAUUCGGUGCUGAACCUUUCUCCGGCGGAUCUCCUUGAGGAGGUCCUCCUCGUCGACGAUGCCAGCCGACCUGAAGCACAGAAGUUUCCUGAAAGGCAAUGGAAGCGACUGCGUGCCGAACUUGAGGACCACGUGCUGCACCUUCCUAAGGUGACUUUGUACCGCCUCCAGGCCCGGCGCGGGCUCAUGAAGGCGAGAAUGGAAGGUGUUUGGCACGCCAAGGGCGAGAUCAUAGUUUGCUUGGACAGCCACGUUGAGGCGACUCAGGGCUGGCUCGAGCCGCUGCUUUUUCGCAUCGCCGAGGACCGCACGCGCCUGGUUGUGCCCAGCAUUGAUGGCAUCGACACGGAGGAUUUCAGCUAUAGCGUCUUUGGCCUUGGUAUGGUCAGCUUUAACUGGCAGCUGAAUCAAAAGCCUCGAGAGCGCCCGGAGGGGGAGGACUCAUUGGCGCCCUCCUCCGUCCUUUGCGGGGGGCUCUUCGCAGUGGACCGCUCCUGGUUUCUCCACCUGGGAGGAUAUGACCCUGAGUUGCGCAUCUAUGGUGGCGAGGAGAUGGAGCUAGGCUUCAGCGCUUGGCAAUGCGGUGGCUCGGUGGUCCACGAGCCGUGUUCGCAUGUGGGCCACAUUUGGCGUUCCCAUCGCUACUGGCCGCACCAGGCCUACGAGAUUGAUACCAAUGAGGUGGUCCGCAAUAGGCUCCGAGUAGCGGAAGUUUGGCUGGACGAGUAUAAGACGUUGGUCCACCUGGCAGGGCCACCUCUUUACCGACAGCGUAGCUUGGGGGAUGUCAGUGGCCGGCGAAAUAUGCGCGAGAGGUUGGGGUGCAAGUCCUUUGACUGGUACUUGGACAAUGUCGCCACCGAGAUCUUCGCCCCUCGACUCUCUCCUGUUGAUGCCGGACGAGGCAGCUUGCGCAGCUUGAACGGCCAGGCAUGCCUGGACACCCGCUUCGAGGACAUGAUCGGCGCGGAGAUCGGUGCGGCCCCUUGCAAGAACGAGCACGGGAACCAGGAGCUGCUCAUCGAGUCAAGUGGGUUGGUUAGGCUUCCUCUGACAGGCUUCUGCUUGGGAGUCGCAGAGGAUUGCUCAAAGGGAAAGGGUCCUGGGCGCUGCACGGCAAAGCCAGUGCUGGCGGCCUGUGACUCAGGUGACGCCGGGGAUGAUGCGGAAAGCGCGAGGUUGUGGAAGUGGUCGAUCCCCGUUGAGUCUCGCAAGGGCAUCGGGCGUCUGAUGCAGGGCGAUCGAUGCUUGCAGUUGGUGAACCACGAGUGGUUGAGUUUCAGCCUCGAGGUUACGCGAUGCCAAAGUAGCAACGCUGAGGACCAGCUGUGGGCCUGGGACAACCUCGCCGUCACUUCGCAGGAGCUUUGA